GUGGUGAACACAAGUUAGUGCUGUUGUGGUUUGAGUUUCCUCUUCUUUCCCCCAUUUACGAUUUUCCCUCUCAGAAUUCACCCAAGCAAAGGCAAAACACACAUAAAAGUUUUGGAUCAUCAGCUUGAUUUAUAACUUUAAAUGCCAGCUUCAUACUAAGGGGAAAAAAUCAGCAAUGGAUCAUCAAUAGAAGCCUAACGAUUUCUCUAAGCCAGCGGCAGCAGAUUUGGACCCCUCAAACCCUGAACCCAGACAAAGGCAGGAGAUGGAAGCUAAUGAUCCAAUAGCUGCAAGGAAAGUUCAGAAGGCGGACCGUGAAAAAUUGAGGAGGGACAAGCUGAAUGAGCAGUUUGUUGAGUUGGGUAACAUGCUAGACCCAGAUAGACCUAAGAAUGAUAAAGUAACUAUACUUGUGGAUACAACCCAAAUGCUUAAGGAUUUAACUGUCGAAGUCAACAGACUAAGGGCUGAGUGUUCAUCACUUACUGAGGAAUCACGUGAGCUGAGUCAGGAGAAGAAUGAGCUCAGAGAGGAAAAGGCUUCUUUAAAAGCUGAUAUCGAAAACCUAAACAUUCAGUAUCAGCAAAGACUUAGUGUCAUGUUCCCAUGGACCGGUAUUGAACCUUCAGUUGUUGUGGCUCCCCCUUAUUCAUAUCCAGCUCCUCUGCAUGUCCCUACGGGUCCAAUUGCAAUGCACCCCUCACUGCAACCGUAUCCAUAUUUUCUAAAUCAUGGUCCAGGUGCUGUUGCCAAUCCCUGCUCAACCUACAUACCAUAUUCAAUGGAACAACCAUCAUCACAACCUACAUCGUCUUCACACCUUUCUUUCCAAAGGGAUUGCAGAGGCAAACCAAUGGAUGACCAAGGAGGAAGUAACAGAGAUAGUUGUGAUGGUUCUAACGAUGUGGUGACCGAACUUGAGCUGAAGAUACCUGGUUCAUCAACAAAUCAGGGUUUGUCUGCUGGAGAAACAAAAGGCAAGCAAACUGAGGAGAGAAGUAUGGUGAACGGUAUCACUUCAAGCCGAUCUCAAGGUCCUCACGAUAGCGCCUCUAACAAUCUGGAUGAAGUUUCAAAGUCCAACAAAUGAACAAUUUUUCAAAUUCCUGAUAUUCUGUGUUAAGUCCGACAAGGGUAGUGCCGAAAGAAGUACGUAAACAAGGGUGCAUUUUCUGCUUACUGCCAGAUUCUUUGGCAUUAGGAGGGUCUAGAAGAUGCUUGUCUGAAACUAUCAAUGAUGUUGAGGCAGACCUGGAUGAUUUCAUCAUCUAGGUAUUUCUGAAUUGCAAAUUUUCUAUUGUUAAUAUCAUUCUAUCCUGCUCAUUUAGAAUUGAUGCGAUGAUCAGGAUAUGUUAUAAUGCUAUCUAGAAAGGAACUUUCUUUUUUGUCCUGUUCAUUCAA